AUGAUGGCGGACGUGUUAAAAGAGCUGGUCACAAAAACCCUCGGAAAGGACGGGCGCGAUGUCUCUGGCAUAAAGGUCGAUAGGUUCGACAGCGGUGGGGCUAACUACACCUCAGCUUUGUACAGAGUCCUCGUCACCACAGCGGGGGAUGAGUUAAAUCUGUUCGCCAAAGUCGCCUCGUUCGGCGCGUCUACGCGAGAUUACAUCAACGCCGAUUGGAUUUUCCGCACCGAGAGGUACGUCUACACGGAACUGGCGAAGGUGUACGACGAUAUACAGCGGCGGCAUGCCGUACCCCCGGAGCACAGGUUCGUCUUCCCCAAGUUCUUCGGCUGCACCACGGAGCAGGGCAGCGAGACGGUGCUGACCGAGGACUUGUGCGCGCGUGGGUACAGCUGCUACGAUAGAUUUACGCUCACGGACUGGGAGUACGCUUCGACCUCGAUGCAGACGCUGGCCAGGUUCCACGCGCUGUCUUUCGCCUAUGAGAAGGAGCAACCGGAGGAAUUCCAGAGAGUUGCCAAAGAGUUGGAGUCCAAAAUGGGAUCGGAGUCCGAAAACCUGAAGAAGUUCUGGGUCCAGCUAGUGGAGAGUUCGUUGGCGGUGAUCGAGGAAGACAAAAGAGAUAGAGUGAGGAAGAUUGUGUACGAUGAGAAAGCGAUGAAGAAUUACGCGAAACCAGUGGAGAAGGUAGUGAUUGUGCACGGCGAUUAUAGAUUGAGCAAUUUGCUCUUUAGAAGACAGGACGAUGCACUUGAGGCGAUGGCGGUGGAUUACCAGUUGGUCCAUUCCGGGUGUGUGGCGAGCGACAUCGUGUACUUCAUCAGCCUCGGCUCCGACCACCAGUUCCGGGCCAAGUACUUCCACAAGCUCAUCGAUUACUACUACGAGCAACUCGCACUUUCGCUAGAGAGGCUGUCGCUGGAUAUUAUCGAUGUUUAUCCAAGGGAGACAUUCGAUAUGGAGUUGGAAAAGAAACUUCCACAAAUGGUUCUGUACGGAGUGAUGGUGCUUCCUGUCGUGACGGUAGACGCGGACGCGGCGCCAAAAUUGACAGAAGACGUCACCAACUUCGUGAUGAAGCCCAACGAAUUGUACAAGCAGAGGUUCAGCGAAAUCGUCGACGACUGCAUCGAGUGGGGAAUCAUU